AUGCACUUCAUAAACGUAAUAUAUUUAUUUACUUGCAUUUUCAUUACAUCAAUACUGGCAGCACCUCCAAAAGAAGGUUCAAACUCAGAUCCAACAAAGAAAUAUUUAGUUACAAAUUUACCUGGAUUAUCCGAAAUUGAUGAUGAUUAUAAACCAAUAAUGUAUUCAGGACAAUUAGAAUUAUUUCCUGAAAAUAACACUAAUUAUUUUUUUUGGAAAUUUGUAGAUUCAAAAAAAUCAGAUAAUACCAUAAAAAAAACAAUAUUUUGGUUAAAUGGUGGACCAGGAUGUUCAUCAAUGGAUGGAGCAUUAUUAGAAACAGGACCAUUUAGAAUUAAUAAAGAUAAACAAAUUAUAUUAAAUAAUGGAACUUGGCAUAAAAGUGGUGAUAUAAUUUAUGUUGAUCAACCUGCUGGUACUGGUUUUAGUUAUACAAAUCAAGAUUCUUUUAUACAUGAUUUAGAUGUAAUGGCAUUUUAUUUCUUGAGGUUUAUGGAAAAAUAUUAUGAAUUAUUUCCAGAUGAAUUAAAUAAUGAUAUUUAUUUUGCAGGAGAAAGUUAUGCUGGUCAAUAUAUUCCAUAUAUUGCUACUGCGAUAAUAAAGAGAAACAAAAAUUUAGGUAGUGAUCAAAAAGAAUAUAAACUCAAAGGUUUAUUAAUUGGUAAUGGUUGGGUUUCACCAAAUGAACAAAGUUUAGCUUAUUUACCAUUUUUUUUAGAAAGAGGAUUAAUUGAUAAAACUCAUCCUAAAAUUCUUAAUCUUUUAAAAAAGCAAGAAGAAUGUCAAAGAAUUGUUGAUAAAGUAGAUUCACAUUUUAAUGAUAAAGAAAUAAAUCCAAUUGAAAUAGAUUCAUCAGUUUGUGAAAAUAUUUUAACUAAAUUAUUAGAAUAUACACUUGAUAAAUCAGUAGGAAAUGAUCAACAAUGUAUAAAUAUGUAUGAUUAUACAUUAAGAGAUUCAUGGCCUUCUUGUGGAAUGAAUUGGCCAAUGGAAUUAAAAUAUGUUAAUCCAUUUUUAAAUGAUAAUGAUAUAAAACAUGAUUUAAAUUUAAAACAAUUGAAAACAUGGCGUGAAUGUAAUGGAAGAGUUGGAAGAAAUUUUAAUGCAAGACGUUCAUUCCCUUCUAUUCAUUUAUUACCUGAACUAACAAAACAUUUACCAAUAAUAUUAUUUAAUGGAGAUAAUGAUAUUAUAUGUAAUACCCAAGGUGUAUUAUCUUAUUUAUCAAAAUUAAAAUGGCAAGAUCAGAAAGGGUUUUUAAAUGAUACAGCAAAAUUAAAUUGGAUUCAUGAUGAUUCAAAUGUAGGUUAUUAUUUAAGUGAAAGUAAUUUAACAUUUAUAAAUAUUUAUAAUUCAAGUCAUAUGGUACCUUAUGAUUUACCUGAUGUUUCAAGAGCUUUAAUUGAUAUUAUAACUGGAAACUAUGAUGUAAAAAAUAAUGAAAUUAGAACUUAUCCAUUAGGUGUUAAAGCUAAAGGUGUAGAAGAGACACCAGUAGAGGAGAACAAACCAGAAUCAUCAGACACAGCAACAUCUUCAAAUACCGAAGAAUCAUCCUCCAUUGAAUCUACAACAAUAGAAAACUCAACUCAAUUAAAUUCAACAACAACUGAUCCAAAUUCAUCAACUAUUGAAAAUGAUGAACCAACAAGUAAUAAAAUAACAAGAUUAAUACAAUUAGCGGUAAUAAUAAUAGUAAUAUGGGGUAUAUAUAUAUUAUAUUCAUCAUAUAAAUCAAGACCAUCAUCAAUUAUCAAAAAAACAUCCCGCAACAAGAAAAAAAAUGUACAAUGGGCAGAUCAAUUAGAUAGUUUUGAAGAAGAAGAAGAUUUAAAAAAUUAUGAUGAUGAUGGGAUCUUUACAAAGGCAUUUAAUAAAUUGAGUGGGAAAAAUAAUAAUAGUAAUAAAGUUGGUAAUUAUGUACCAUUAGAUGAUUUUAUAAUAGGUGGUAGUGAUGAUGAUGAUGAAGAAGAACCACAGAGAGAUAGUAGGUCUCCGAAUAAAGAUAAUGAUACAAAGAAAGACAAUAAUGAAAUUAAAGAUGAUGUUUAG